AUGGCAAACUCGGAGGCCAGAACAAGCAGAUACAACCCACAAGGAGUUCGGUAUCAGGUGUUUCUGAGUUUCAGAGGGCCCGACACUCGUCGCGGAUUUACCAACACCCUCUGUCAUGGCAUGAACGAUGCCGGGAUCCGCGUUUUCAUGGAUGAUGAAGAGCUUCGACCUGGAGAAAGAAUCAGUGAAGAACUUCUGCAAGCAAUCGACAACUCAAAGAUCUACAUGCCUAUCUUCUCCAAGAACUACGCUUCGAGUCAUUGGUGCCUCUGCGAGCUUGCGAAGAUGGUGGAGAACACCUCUGAAUCUAAAACAGAUGGAAAUAAGAAGGUGAUAAUGCCCAUCUUCUACGACGUGAAACCCGAUGACGUGAAGCUGAAAACGGCCUUGUACAGCGAGGCAAUAUUGAAUUUGGAGCAACAGAAGAAGAACAAGUUCAGCCCAGAGGAAGUAGAGAAGUGGAGACGGGCUCUCAGGGAAGUCGAUGACACCAAGGGAUGGGAGCUGGAGAACUAUCAAGGACAUGGGGAACUUGUCAAGUUGAUUGUUGACGAGGUUAUGUAUAAGCUUAAGUCGAGACAAAGAAAAGUGACUGAUGAUUUGGUUGGGAUCAAUGAUCGCUUAUCGGCCAUAAACACUUUAUUAGACAUCAACUCCAGUGGCGUGCGGCUUGUUGGAAUUUAUGGCAUGGGUGGUAUUGGGAAAACCACUCUUGCCAAGAUGAUCUUCAACCAACUAUCUUGUUACUUUGGAAAGUACAGCAGUUUCCUUGAUGACGUACGAGAAAAGUCACAAAACGAGGGCUUAGUCAAGUUGCAGGAACAAUUGUUAUCCGAUAUCGUUAAUUCUAGAGUGGCUCGCAACAUCGACAGAACUGAUUAUGGAAUGAACACGAUUGGAGAAAUACUUGGCAAUAAAAAGGUGCUCAUUGUUCUCGAUGACGUCGAUGAGAGCGAGCAAAUCGAGGAUCUAAUUGGGAAGAAUUCUCUGUAUCCUGGAACUAGGAUACUUGUUACCACUAGGAAAAGAAGGGUUUUGAAAAUUAAAGGAUUUAAGUAUGAAAUCCUAUCUUAUGAAAUGGAGGCAUUGAAUGAUGAAGACGCACUUCAGCUUUUCUCUAGGCAUGCAUUUGGCAGAGACUCUCCUCUAAAUCCUUACUACAGUCUUUCAAAAGACAUCGUCUCUACCACGGGAGGGUUGCCUCUAGCUCUUCAAGUAAUAGGUGCAUUGCUUUCUCAUCACGAAGAGAGAAAAUACUGGGAAGAAACAUUGGACAAAUUAAGGAGAACGCCUCAUAGGGAUGUCUUGGGAAAGUUGAGGAUCAGUUAUGAUGCCUUAGAUAGUGAUGAACAGAUAUUUCUUGAUAUUGCAUGCUUUCUCAUCAAUGAGGAGAAGAUUAACCCAAUUUACGUGUGGAAAGAUUGUGACUUUAGCCCCUGA